AUGUCUGGUGAUGGUGAUAGAAAAUCCUCAAAAGCUUGGCAGUUUUUUAAGGACCUCAAAAAUGAUAAAGCCAAAUGCAAUUUUUGUCAGAAAGAAUUUUCAUACAAAGGCGGUGGUGCUUACAACCUAAUCAGACACACAAAAAGCAAGCAUCCACAAGUGUUUGUCGCUAUACGUGAAUGUCCGAUUGAAGAUAUAGCUUCUUCUGCAACAGAAAUCCAUAAUUUGACAACACAUUCCACUGAUUCGACAGCACAAGAACUUGAGAUGCCUACUGCUUCCACAUCUACUGCUUCAACUUAUGUCGUGCCUGAAACAUCUGAUUUCUUACCAGUCACCACUAAAAACACCAACCUAUAUAAAAAAGCUCCAGCCACUAACACGAAACUAACACAGUACUUUUAUAAACCGCUUUCUGCUAAAAAAACUGAACAUCUAAACAAAAUGCUAGUAAAAUUAUUCACAAAAAAUUACUUAGCCUUCCAUCUCAUUGAAUCCCCUGAACUCAAAGAUUUUAUUAAAGAAUUAAAUCCAGCCUACCAGUUACCUAGUUGUAAGACGUUAUCUAAUGCAUUGAUGACUAAUGUCUAUAAUCAAACAAAGAAAAGACAUACUUCAGAAAACCUAGCACUAGAACUAAAAAGAAUUACAGAUAAUUGGGAAAUUACUGACAAAAUUGUAGCAGCAAUCAGUGAUAACGCUUAUAAUAUCAAAGCUGCUAUAAGACUUAAUAAUUGGAAGCAAAUACCUUGUUUCGCUCAUACUCUCAACCUUAUAGUCCAAUCUGCAUUAAAAGAAAUAAAAGAUAUUACUACAAAAAUUAAACAAAUUGUCGAAUUAUUUCGUAGAAGUCCAUUUUCAUCUGAGAGAUUAAAAAAUAUGCAAAAGAAGCUAGAUGAACCCCUAUUGAAGAUAAAACAAGACGUUUCCACACGCUGGAACUCCACGUAUGAUAUGUUCGAAAGGGUGUUAAAAAUUAAAAACAGUGUUAUGUCCACAAUUGCUAUCGAUUAUCCCGAUACUAUAAAUAUGACUUCUGAAGACAUUGAGGUUUUGGAUUCGGCAAUAGAAAUUCUUUCAUUUUUCAAAGAUGUAACUGAGGAGAUGAGUUCAGAAAAGAAUGUUACAAUAUCAGAGGUUAUACUUAUAUCAAACACCCUCAAAAAGAAAUGCCUAAAAUUUUUAUCUACGCCACAUCCGGACUGUAUUUUACGAAUGACCCAAGUGCUUUUAAAUGAAAUUAGCACAAGGUUUUCGUGCAUUGAGGAGAAUAAUAUUUUUGCUGAAAGCACUAUAUUAGAUCCAAGAUUCAAAAAAUAUGGGUUUGAGAAUGAGUACGCUUACAGUAAAGCAUGUACAAAUAUCAAAGCCAUGGCCGGGCGAAUUCAAAUACAAAGCACAUGUACAUCAGAGCCGCCAUCUUCGUCGCCAUCCCGUAAGCGUAAACAUAGCAUAUGGAAUGAGUUUGAUGAGCAAGUGGAUAUGAUAAUAAAAAAUAUUAAUCCGACUGCAGGGGGUAUUAUCGAAGUUGAUAAAUACCUCGAGGAACCCCUACUGCCAAGGUCCCAAGAUCCUGCCAAGUGGUGGUUCGUUAAAAAGGACGCCUAUCCUAGGCUUUAUAAGUUAUUUUUAAAACGGCUUUGUAUUGUUGCCACUUCAGUGCCUUCCGAGCGCACUUUUAGUAAAGCAGGCCAGGUCCUUACGGAGAGAAGGAACCGGCUUAGUGGCAACAAAGUCGCGCAAAUAUUAUUUUUACAUUCUAAUUUAUAA